AUGAUUUUAAUUUCCUCAUUUCUAUUGACAUCUUCUAAUGGUCUUAUCUUUUCCAUUACAGGUCCAGGUCAUCAUCACUGGGGCUACACCGAUAAGCUGGAAUGGGACAAGUAUUUCCCGGAGUGUGGUGGGAAGGCGCAGUCCCCUAUUAAUGUCGACAUACAGAAUGUUGCCUUUGACCCUUGGCUGAGGCCAAUUCAGCUCUCUGGCUAUAACCUGACAGCUGGAGGAACCCUGAAGUUGGAGAACAAUAUGCAUACAGUGGUUUUGAAACUACCUGAUAGUCUGAAGAUAGUUGGCGGUCUCCCUCAUAUUUAUGAAGCGGCACAGCUCCAUUUCCACUGGGGUUCACAUAGCAGUCCAGGGUCAGAGCACACUGUAAAUGGGAUACGAUUUCCCGGAGAGAUCCAUGUGGUUUACUUUAACUCUGAGUACCAGAGUAUGGACCUAGCAUUAAACCAGUCCGGAGGCCUUGCUGUGUUGGCUGCGUUCAUAGAGGAAGGACCUGAAGAUAACGAAGCUUACGAGCAUCUUCUGUCACAUCUGGAGGAGGUGAAGGAUGGUGGAGAAAGCAGAGAGAUUCCUGGAUUUGAUAUUCGUGGAUUGUUACCUCAGCAGCUGGACAGAUACUUUCGGUAUAAUGGAUCUCUCACCACUCCACCAUGCCUCCAGACUGUCAACUGGACCAUCUUCAACCAGACUGUUCCUCUGUCUGCCAGACAGCUGGCCAUCCUGGAGGACACCAUCCACCAUGAUCAUGACCACAUCCUACAGUUGAACUUCAGAGAACCGCAGGCUCUCAAUGGACGUGUAGUGUUGUCCAGCUUCAGGGCGCCGGUGGGAGGUCGGAAGGCGCCCGGAGUAGCUCCUCCAGCUUCGCCCUCUGACACUGAUGAUCCCUCAUCACGCAACACUGAGACAGGUUCUCAUGGCCAGCAGCACCCUUCACUGGGAAUAGGCGACAUGCUGGCCAUUAUAUUUGGCAUCCUCUUUGGUCUCACAGCCAUGGCAUUCUACAUAUAUGUGAGGAAGAGCCGCAAAAGAAACCACAGGGGCAAUAUUGAAUUAGCUAGUGCUAGGUUUGAAGGCAAAAAUUUGCUGCUAGAAGACUGGGACGCAGACCUUAAGAGCAUCCUCAGGUUGUACAACUUGGCUCUGGAUUUACAAUCAGAUGUGGUGCUGAACGCCUUGGAAGGGGACCAGUUCGUACUUGGAUUGCGUAGCCCUCCUCUUCGCCAGGCCCUCAGGGAACGUAUCCUGGAGGAUGCUACGUUGCAGUUUCAGAAGAUACAAGCUGAGGAUGUGGCCUGA